CAGCAGUUCCAGAGCCCCUUCGAUAGCGCUCCAUACACUCUACAGCCCGGGUCGUCGAUUCGCAACUUUAACGUUCGUAUUGGCUCGACUCAGGUGUUCGAUAUCAGUCAUGACUAUGAUUUCCACCAUUUUACCAACGAAGUUGCUAAGAUUUCAGCGAUUAAUGGAGAUCUAACCCCUGAGCUCGUAAAUGGACUACUUGACUAUCAGACGUGGUCGCUCACAAACCGCAUGCUUAUUGCCGACGUCAGUCGCCUGACUGAGCGCGAUGUACCCCAAGCGAUUCAGAUCCAGGGUACGAACGCAGGAUGCCAAGGUGUGAAUACGCGGGUCCUCGUUAUUAGCGAACAGGAGCUUAGCUUCGAUCGCCUAACGGGUGAAAUUAUCGAUUAUACCACAGCU